AUGGAAGCCAUAAGAAAGCAGGCCACGAGGCUAAGGGAGCAGGUCGCGAAGCAGCAGCAGGUAUCUCUUUUUCCAGCCGCGGAAAGCCCUUCUUCCUCGUGGUCACAUCUGGUCGCUUUCCAUUGUCCCGAACCUUUGUUUGAUUAGAUUCCGAGACCGUGAAUCUAGGCCGAGAGCUUGAGGGGGGGGACCCUGAAGGCUUUGUUUUGUAAUCUUCGUGUUCGUUCGCUGCGAAUUUUCGUGUGCAAUGCGCGCCAUCUACUUCUGGAAUCCGCAUACUAUGGAGAAUGAUGAUGCGAAUGAUUUCAUCUGUUUUUCCGUCUUGCCACUUUCCCGUUAUGGCCUUUGAGAGUACCCUAGCCUUUGGGCCUGUUGAUUUCCAGUGUAUAUUUUUUAUCUUUUGACUUCUUAUUUUAUUUCUCUUUUAAGAAAAAAUGGUGGUUCCUUUUUGUGCUUAUAACAUUUUGAUUGGUACCGGGAUACGUAAUUGGGCAGUCUCCAUUCUUUCUCGUCUGACAUAUUUGCGUUGUAUUAGUCAAUGCUGUGCUUUACAAUGCUGUUUCUACUUGCGUUCCUUCUCACGACAUCCUUAGAAGGAAGGAUGAUGCAUGAUAACUGGCUCCUUCCUCACUGGUAUACUCAGUCAAGUGCUGACAAAUCUAGAGUUCUAAAGUACACCUUCAUUCUUGCACAGUUUUUUGGAUCAGGUUUUAAAUUGUACUAAUAAUUCCCUAAUGUAGUGAAGAAGCAUGCAUAUAAUAACAAUGACGACAAGAAACCAGACAGUAUGAUCAAGGCUCAGGGAACUGGGUGGGAUCCGUGGAUGUCAGGGUUUGAUCCCACCUUAGAUUUAAUUGGACGAGUGGCUGUUUUGGGUGAAAUUGAAGGAGAUAACAUUAGUUUCGUAAAAUUUUGAAGUGCAUAUAUUAUUUUAUUGAGGAAAAGGGACGAAAUCAUACUUGAACAAGUCAGUUUUAUGAAAUGAGUGUUUCUUUUAUCUCUCUUCUAACCUGUUCCAUUUCUUUGUAUGUAAUGACCACAAUGGUCCUCUCCUUUCGUCUGUCAUUCGUUUCUUAUCUUCCUCUCUUUCACUCUUUUUCUUCUUCCACCAGCUUUUUCUCUUUCACUUAUCUUCUUUGUUGUCUUAUUUUAUUCUUUUUCAUCUCCUCCUCUUCGAUUUUGAUUAAUUCUCCACCCACAACAGGGAGAGUUAGGAUGCUGUAUAAAAGACUCAAUUGGGAAAUUUAGCUACGAAAAAGGGUUGGUAAUGAGCUUGGAAAAUAGGUCGCCUUUUCUGCUUUUUUUUCCUCCCUGAACAUUUGACCUCGUUCUUAGGGUUCUCUUUUUGGUUACCACUUGGCUCUUGAGAUACCAGUUCAAGGCACUGUUACCUUAUCUUUUGGAAGUCUCCUGGGAACUGGCGUUUAUAAUUGUUAUGGGAUACCCUUUUUUGUAGAAAUGGUACAUGCUAAAGUCUGCAUACCACUCUCAAUAUUCUGUUUUUGGUAGCUCUAUUGGAACCUUGAGAUGCCUGUACGAGUUACACCCAUCUUAUACUUUGAUAGUGGUCGCGGAAUUGUUGACUAUCUGAUUUAAGCUAAGCAUUUUGCAGAAACAAGGCCUUUCGGUGGCUUCAUUUCAAUACAGUCAACAGCGGACAGUUGCCAUGAAAUGGAUUACUUGUCUAUGUAUUAAAAUCUAGUUUUUUCCUCUUCACAUUGGAUGCUUGUUAAGUUCAGGGAGACCUAUGAAAUUUUUCCCAGUUUGUAUCCGCUUGUACUAUUCUUAGGAGAUUGUUUUUCUAACUUUCAAAUGAUUUAUGGGGGUUCUGGGUACUUUGAAGUGAGUUGCCUGGUCAAGAUUGAGUGGACGUCUAAGUCACAAUUGAGGACCCCGACUUAUCCACUUCAUUGGAUUUUGGGCUAGUAUGAAGAAUGAGGUGGGGAAAGAGUUGUUGAACAUAGAAGAGAAUCCUCUAUCAGACUUUGUUACUGUGUUGUUGAUGGUUUGUUUUUGUGAAAACGCAUUUUGAAUUCUUCGACCAUGAGUUGUGUGUAGCAGAACUUAAGGUGAUAAGAUAAAACCUCUUUGAUGACUGGUUAGUUAUAUAAAAAAAUAACGCUUACUCUUCUUAAAACCAUUUCUUUGUGGUCGUAGAAAAUGGAAGAAUGACCUUUUCUCCUGAUGGUAGAGCAUUGUUUCCCUUGUAAAAACUUAGUCUGCAUUUUUUUGCAUUAUUUCAUUUCCUAGCAUGAUUUAAAAUAAUUUUUAAUGCUUCUAAUAUUUCUAGAGAGAGUAAGUCUAUUUUGUUGCUUCAGGACUGAAUAUGAGUCAGAAUGAAAGCUAUAAUAUGCCCUUCGUUUAUAGAUGCGUCGCAUUACUUUUAUUAUUCCAGUACUACUAAUUAUAAGUUUAAAAUCUGGAUGAUGAAGGAUUUCUUUUCAGUUAGUUGAAUAAAUAUUAUCUGUCUUUGACCUAUCCCAUACCUUUUAACGUCACGCUGGACUUGCCUUUCUUUGGUGAUUAAUCUUUGUUUUCCUAUUGUCUUGUUUUGGGCAUUUAUAGUUUAAGCAUGUAAUAUGAUUAUUUCUGGGAUGUCUUGGGUGUAAUUUGAUUGUUUCGUUUUCUCCAUUCAAUUUUCAAUUCAGGCUGUCCUCAAGCAGUUUGGAGCUGGGAGCUAUGGAGGUUCAGAUAAUAUAAUUACUGAUGAAGCUGAAUUUUUCCACCAUCAAAAGCUCGAAAAACUUUACAUAUCAACUCGAGCUGCCAAGGUCAAGUUUCCUUAGUUCAAUGGUGUCACGGUUUUUUUAUUUUUUGAAGAAACUUUUGCCUUUAUCAUUCGUAUCUUUCCUCACUUAUGGCUUUCUCUCUUAAUCAGCAUUUUCAAAGGGAUAUAGUUCGUGGAGUUGAGGGCUAUAUUGUAACUGGUUCCAAACAAGCUGAGAUAGGCAAGCCAGUGAAAAUAAUCUUUUUCCUCUUUAAUAUUGUUGCUACUUUUACUUAUAACCUUUCGUUCAGGUACUAAGCUAUCAGAAGACAGUAGGAAAUAUGGUGUUGAAAACACAUGUACCAGUGGCAGUACCUUAUCAAAAGCUGCAUUAAAGUUUGGAGGAGCUCGCUCACAAAUAGAAAAGGAACGUGCGAAUCUCCUUAAAGCUUUGGGCACUCAGGUUGGUUAAAAAUCAACUACUUUCUUGUUUUUGGAGUUGUACCUAUUUAUUUCAGGGAAGAUUGCACUGAUUAGAAAAAAAAGAAUUUUUGCCUUGAUAAAGUGUUAUAUGUGAGAAAUCGACUAGUCGAUUUGUAGUACAUAACCUUUCUAACGAAGUGUACUGGCUUCUCCAUUUCUCUUCUGAUUCUAUUGUGUGACAUUGUUCUUCUUUUUUUCGUCUAUUUAUAUCUUCGGCUAUUGUUUUCCUUCCUACCCCCUCUUUUCAUCUUUUUCAUCUCUUCAAUCAUUAUUUUGCACUAAUUUGGAAAAAUAAUCUGAGAGUUGUUUUGCUUACAUCAGAUUUUUUAGCACUAUAUUGUAUCGUCUCUUCAUGGUUUUUAUUCUGAGCUUAAGAAAUGGUAGAGUAGGACACUUUAUGUUCAACCUAUUUGUUCACUCAGCAGCGUUGGUCUUUGUUGUCAGCCAGUCAUCAUUUUGUUAUUGUAUACAGGCCACAUUUUGCAUGCAAGGCCUUUUUGUGUUGUCAAUUCCAUGACCUCCCAGUUAUUUAAAUGCCAUCAUCAUUGACUAUACUGGAACUUUAGUGUACGAGCUUGAAUUCGUAACCUUAGUACACAGUGAAAAGUUAUGAACAAAGUAACAGAAUCAUGUCCAUAGAUCUUUUAUCUUACUGUUUACAGAUCAGUUGCGGUACCACUUUUAAUCCAUUGAUUUAGGAUGUGCUAAUGAGACCGCUGAAUUUGGACUGGAUCCUGGAUCAACCGUGACGAACCCUUGGUUGCAUCUGAUUCAAUCGGUUGGAACCGACCUGAAGGAAAUUGGUUGAUUUUGGUGAAAAUAUCAAGUAAAAGGAUUAUGUUGCAGAGGUAUCAUAACGUACAGGAGUUUUCUACGAGUUUCUUUUAGGGGAAUGAUCCCCAUCCGCUGAUCUAAUCUGUUGUUAGGAUUCAUUGAAGAUUGCUCGUCAGGAAGGAGGCUUGGGCGCGCCUUCCCCUCUCUUACAUUGAAGCUGGUUUUUGGUUCCUUGAAUAAUCUUAUGUUAUAGGAGUCCCUUUCGCAUUCCAACUAUCUUAUGCUUUUUGAAGAUCAAGCGUCGUAUCCACUCAAUUAUGUCCUUUAUUCUGUGGUUGUGAAUAGUCUGAUGGCAGCUAGAUAAGUAUCUAAAAUACUCCUGCUAUUCAUAAUAGCCAUCUGACUUAUAUGAUUCUGGCACCCUCUGCUUUUAACAAAUGGUUAUUUUUGGUUUUGGUUCAUAGAUGUGAGUUGGGUUUGACGAAGGUAUUCGUCAAAAGGCCCUGUUUGGGGUUGGGAGAGGGGGGGUUGUAUAUAUAUCGACUCGAGAUGUAACCCUAGAGCGAUUAAUCAAAAGAAAACUUCCUCUCUCUCUCUCUCUCUCUCUCGAUUUGAUUUUCUGCUUCGAUCUUGUUUGUUUGUUGUGUUUCUGUGAUAUUCGAUUCAACAGUAAUAAAAUGUGUUGAGUUUAAACUUUUGAUCAACCAUCUUGAGAUUCAAACUCUGACCUUAAAGAUGAUCUUUGAUAAUCUCUUAAACAUUUUGAUAGAAUCAUAGUAAUUUUUUAACCAAACAUGCUUCAAUAUAUCUUUCCUGAAGAUUUGAUGUCAAGGUUAAAAAAGUUUCGUAUCUCUCGUGGUAUCUAUUGUGUGAAAAAAAAUAAAUGAAAUCGGUGGUUCUGAUUCAUCUCCUUUCCUUGAAUUUUGCCUACUCCACCAUAUCAGAGUCACUAGGCAAAACUUUAUUAGACAAUAACGCACGACCCUAAUCGUGUAACUACUAUAUGGGCUGACCCGGUCCAUACUAGACAAUAUAACAUAGUUCUAGCACUAAUUCUGGGUACUUUCAUAUCUGCCAAUACUUAUCGUAAUUGAUAAAUAUUUCAGCAUUGUUCUCAACAAGUGAGUAGGGCUGACACUAAUUUUGAUUCUGAUUGUGAUUUGGAUUAGUAUUAUUGUAACUGCCUGUUUCCCGAUGAAAAGGUUAAAUGAGAAAAGAUAAGGUAGAGGAAUGUAUACAGAAGUUGAAUGGGAAAGAGGAGCAUAAAAAAGAGUUGAAAUAAAACGAGAGAGGAGCAAAAGUUUACCCAUUAUGAAUAUAAGGGUGGGAAUCUUGAAAAACAGCGACAUGUAUACCUUCUGAAAUACAUCAGGAGAUACCCAUAGUUAAUGAUGCUUCAUGCAAAAGCUUCAUACUUAAUCCUGGUGAUGAUGAAAUCUCAUUUUCUCUGUGCAGGAUCUACAGAUCGCUAAGAAUAUAUUUUUGGUAGAAUGCCACCCUUUUAGCAGACAUUUGGCAGAUAUCUACGUACUCAUUGUGCAUUCUAGUAGCUCCCUACCUUAUCUACGUGUUGCAUCUUGUUCCAAGAAUGGUUGACUGGCACAUGAUUGCUUAGAUGAGUAUGCUGUCCAAGCAUAUAUUAUAUCAUUUUCUUUGGUGAUUCGGCCAACGUUCAAGUGGUUUUGUAUAAAUAUUGAGAAGUUACUGAGGGUUCGUGGAUGCAUCUCAGUCAUGGCCAAAUGUUGGCUUUGAUAAUUUGAUACAACUGCUAUCAGUGAAUACUCCUGGCCUCCUUCAGGGCAAUCAGAUCCCUCGAGCAGCUCAAACUCACCCAUUUUGGUUUUUUAUUUUUGUAUCCAUUUUCUUAUUUUUGAUCUUCGAUUAGGUCUAAUGUCAUCGACCAUCGCUCAUGAUAUUUCUCAUUGCUUCCAUUUCCUUCCUUUUUUUAGUGUGUUGCUCCAUUAAUCGGGUUAAUGCCACAAUUUUCAGGUCGCAGAGCCAUUAAGAGCGAUGGUAAUGGGUGCUCCGCUGGAGGAUGCGCGUCACCUUGCACAGCGGUACGAUAGAAUGCGACAAGAAGCCGAAGCUCAGGUUUGCUUAUGCCACGCCACAUUUUAACUACUUAUUUUAUGAAGAAAUUAUUAAAUUUCACCCGAUUUAGCUAGACCUAGAUUCCCCUUUUAGAGCUGAAAAUUGCUCAUACUCUUGGCCCUUUUAUGCGAUGAUUGCUUGCUACCGGCAUAUUUCCCACGGUCUUUGAGAAUUUUAUUUUAUUUUUAAAAUUAAAAUAGGAGCACAAUUUCUAUGCUUAUGAUUUGUUUGGAUGUUUUUUUCAUCAGAGAUUAUCUGCAAUGGCCUUGUACUCUGAUUAUAUCAUUAUCUUGGGGCUUCAAUCCUCAUGCAGUCUAUCGAGGUGUUCAAGCGGCAGAUGAAAACUAGGGAAUCCCCCGGAAACGUUGACCUCAUUUCAAGACUGGAAGCUGCUGACUCCAAGCUGCAGGAGCUCAAGUCGAGCGUAGCCAACUUGGGAAAAGAAGCCACGGCAGCCAUGGCCGCAGUGGAGGCACAACAGCAGAGGCUAACCCUACAACGGCUCAUUGCCAUGGUAUAUAAGCGAUGACUUCUUCUUCUUCUGCUUCUUCUUCUCAUUAAUAUCUUUGAUGGGUGAAGGUUGAAUCAGAGCGUGCAUACCACCAGAGAGUGCUACAAAUUCUUGAUCAGCUCGAGGGGGAGGUGAAUGACCGAUCCCAAACUGAUGGGCACCUCUGAUUUUUCUUUCCUUCUUCAUUCAACCCCUCGCUCUCUUUUCCUUUUCCGCGCUGUGGGAUUGUUUAGAUGGUGUCGGAGCGCCAGCGGAUCGAAGCCGCUCCAAGCCCGGCUGCCGACAGCCAGCCGCCGCCACCACCGCCUCCGCCCGCUCACUAUGAGGAGCCCAAUGGAAUGUUUCCCCCUCAAUCCUUCGAGAGCUCCACCGAAUUCGGCGACUACUUUUUAGGGGAGGUAGUACCCAGGAUUCAUCGCAUGGAAAAAUCUCCUCUUGCAGCUGAUCUUGCUCAGAAUUGCUAGAAAGAUGAGCCUGUGAUUGUGAGGAUUGAUGGCCCUCAUCCGCUGAUGCAGGUAAUGCAGUCGUACCGGGCAGAGUCCGACGUUGAGCUCAGCCUCUCCGUCGGUGAUUUCGUCGUCGUGAGGAAGGUAACCCUCGUCUGUACCACGCCAUGUUCUACACACUGCGUGCAUUGGAAAGAGAGAGAGAGAGAGAGAGAGAGAGAGAGAGAGUUCUCUAAUGAUGAUGAUGGUCGUUUCUGUGCUCGCAGGUGUCAAAUAAUGGAUGGGCGGAAGGCGAGUCCAGAGGGAAGGCGGGGUGGUUCCCUUAUGCGUUCAUCGAGAAGCGAGAGCGCAUUCUCGCCAGCAAGAUCGCCGAGGGCUUCUAG